AUGGAGGCGGCAGGAAUCUGCUGCGGGGGGGCCAUGGCGAGCGGUGGGCUAGUCGGCGGCUGGACCGCGGCGUGCAUCCGCUGGGAGCUCCGCAAGCGGCGCUGCGCUGAGACAGCGGCAUUGCGCCGAAACGCCGGCAGGGACGGGGUCAGCCAUGGGCGUCUGCUCUGCCGCGGGGACCGCGGGCAGCUCGGAGUGUGCUGCAUGCGCUUGAACGGCGGGAUAGGGGGGCAGGGUUCCCGCGGUAACGUGCAGAAGGGACGCUGGGGACGCCAGCGCGUCCGCGGCGGAGGCGGACGGGGCUUGGACCACCACCGGCGCUGGGUCGGCAGGGGCGAGGGGGACUUGGGCGGGAAGAGCGGCUGCACUCGCGGGUGGCUGGGGGGAGGCGGCGGGCCCAGCGGGGGCAGGGAGGGGUGGGGCCGCAGUGACGCUGGUGGGCGGGCUCGUAGAGGCGGGGUUAGGGGGCGGGGCCGCGAGGAUGGCAAAACCGGGGUUGGGGACCGCGGUAGCAGGGACCAACGGGAUGGCAAAGGCGGGGAUGGUGGGAGGGGCCGGGGGGACGGGUGUUGGAACCGCGAGGGCGGGGGGCGGGGAGGCAGGGGGGAGCAAGACCGCGGGUACCGGAGCCGAGGGGUCCGACGGGGAGGUGGGGGUCGUAUCUUGUUCUAG